AUGAAUGGACGUCAACAGCGAAUAGUUCGAAAAGGCAUGAGAGGACAAGAACUUGAGAAAGCCAUAUACUCUGCUGAAACAGUAUAUGCGCCCGUCCUCGACACUGCCAACGGAGUCGCUGUCGCGAAGGCAACCUUGCCCAUCUGGCAGGAAUAUUUCGACACCUUGCUGGACUGCCAACAAGGAUCUCUGUCGCUUCUACACUGUACUGUUUAUACUACGCAUCCAAAUCAUUUCUGCACCUGCAAAGAUUUGGGCUCGGGAGACCUGCCAGAAAGCGUACUUCCACUGUACAUAGCAAUUCGACGCUCAGAGUCACCUCCAUGCUACUAUGAAGCGGUAAACCGUUGUGGAGGACAAUUCGACUUAUUACAGUCAACUCGAGGAGCUUCAAAACAGCGUCGAGAUCAAAUCAAUGUCGAGAUCCAGCGGUUGCGAGAUCUCUUGCCACUAUCAGAGUCAAUCAAGGAUCGUCUUUUCCAAUUGCAAGUCAUGUCACUCGGAUGUAUAUACAUCAGGAAACACCGGUACCAGAAACACAUUUUGAGAACGAUCUCAGAGAAUAGCAUUCCGUUGCCGAAGGGAGUCGAUGCAUGUAAGGCUCUGAGGGGAUUUCUGAUAAUGCUUAACAGAAGUGGAAAGCUGUUGCAUGUGUCGGAUAACGCUAGUGAAUAUCUCGGACAUUCCAUUGAAGAGAUUAUGUGUCAAGGUGAUUCAAUUUUUGAUCUUGUUGACCCACGCGAUCAUCCAGCAGUUCAAACUGAGCUGAACAGCGGUCCGCAACCGACAACCUCUUUCCCCGAGGAAAGAGUGUUCUUGUGUCGACUUAACCUUGCCAGAACCGCUAAGCGACAACUGCAGUAUCAUAAGUUCAUCCUCCUGCAAGGACGGUACAUCCAUCCUGCUGAGUACUUCCAAGCCAUUGCUAAUACACCAGAUGCAGCACAACCAAUCUUCGCCGCCUAUUGCCAACCCGUGAUCAACCCAGAAAAUGCGGAGUCGCUUUCGUCCGGAAAUACGGAAGUGUUUACCAGUCAACAUUACCUCGAUAUGACGUUUAGAGAAGUCGAUCACAUGUGCGCUUAUCAUCUCGGCUUUGAAAGAGAGGAUUUGAAAGGACAGAGUUGGUACAGUCUGCUUCAUCCUCUGCACAUACCGGAAGUGGCGUACAAACAUCGGCUGUUAUGUCAAGAAAAGGAGGGAUCCGUUUUGGCGCUCAUCAAAAUGCGGACAGCCACGGGCGACUGGAUUUGGUUGCAUACGGUAUUCGCAGUGCGUGGAAAUCUUAGUCACGAGCAACAAGACGGAAGACGAGUUCGGCAUGUGAUUCAUUGCUAUUACCAAACGUUAAGUGGAAUCGAAGCUGCUACUCUUCAAGCGAACUCAUGGCUCUACAACAUCCGCCACACAUAUCCAUCCGCAUUCCCCUGUCAGGAUUCUCCCACGCCUGACAGACCUUUAUCGCCGGUCUCUCCAUUCCCUGUGGAAUCAACAUUCUCUCAAACCUUGGACCAACUUGUGCCUUUCAUCAAACAAGAACCGUUCAAUCCUAUAGCGAUGGUCCCGCAUUACGGAAUUUCAUGUGGACAGAUAAAAGUGGAAAUCCCAAUGAAAACAAUGCCACACAUCUCAAUGUUCACACCGGAAAGUUCCUCACCGGAAUCGUCUGCCUCCCUCACAUCCGCCCUUUUCUCACAACCAUUCUUUUCUGGACAAGCUGCUAACGAUUCCGCUACACCUAUGGACGAUUUUAAUUGUAUACUACCACUGACGAUCAAAGGUACCCUACCUGAUCUACGCGAUGGUCUGGACGACUUUUUCCGAGAGGUGGAACAGCCCGUGGAACGAAGCGCUGGUGCCGUCGCACCGGUCACAUCAACCACUAACAUCUCGCAUUCACCCGAGCAAGCCACAGAGUUGUUCAAGUACCUUGGUCCUGCUCUGUUCGGACCGACUGCUCAAUCGAACGAGGUGCAGAACAACCCCAUUAACGGCGUACACUGCAAUCGUAAGAGAAGUUGGGUUGUUUGA